UCCCCUCUCCCCUCUCCCCCCUCCUCUCUCUCUUUCUCUCUCUAGAAACGCUUUACUUUUCCCACCACUCGAUUCUGCCCCCCAAAACACCCCAAAAUUACGAUUCAGUACAACAGAUCAGUGGGUGUUCUCUCUGCUCUGGUGCUUAGUACGACUCACCUUCACUCUUCUCACUCUUCUCUCUCUCUCUCCUCCUUUCUCUCUCUACCUCGCCGGAGAUGAGCGCCGGCACGACGGCGUUUCGGUCCAUACUGGACAAGCCCCUGAACCAGCUCACCGAGGAUGACAUUUCUCAGCUCACCCGUGAAGAUUGCCGCAAAUACCUCAAGGAAAAAGGGAUGCGAAGGCCGUCGUGGAACAAAUCGCAGGCGAUCCAGCAAGUGAUUUCGCUCAAGGCUUUGUUGGAGCCCUGCGACGAUUCCGGCGCCGGAGCCCUAAGGAGGAUCGUCGCUUCGACGCCGCCGCCACCGCCGACACAAAACGCGCCACGUGUCUCCACUUUCAGUGUUACUUCGAACUCGGCAGAUUCGGGUAAGGAAGCAAGUGUUGAUGUCCAGGUUUCGGCGGAGGAAUCGGGACCGUGUCAGAGGAAGGAGCAGGCGAAAUCUGCUCCGGAGACUGAGGAAAGACCGGCUGAUGCGGGUGAGAGGGCAAGUCCAAGAAGUCAUUGUGCAACUGAUGCAUUGGUCGGACAAAUGACAAUUUUCUAUUGUGGCAAAGUGAAUGUGUACGAAGGGGUUCCACCUGAGAAGGCACGAGCAAUCAUGCACCUUGCUGCAAGUCCAAUCCCUUUAUCUCGAGAAAAUUCAUUUGGGGUCCUUGCAGCACCUAGAUCUUUUCCAUGGCAUUUACAUGCUGCGAGUGACAAGGGUGGCCUUCUCCCUCCUAGUGCCACAAUAUCACAACCCAUGCAGACAGAUAAGCUAGCCGACUACAGCCAACAGUGCUGGGAGAAAGAAAAUGAUGCAGAUGGUCAGGCGAGCAGAAAACUCUCAUUGCAGAAAUACCGUGAAAAGAAAAAAGAUAGGGGGAGGUUGAAGACCAAGAGAAGCACGGGAUUUAAUUCUUCUAGCAUGGAGGUCUAUUUUAACCACCAGGUAAAGACCCACAUGUCAAAUGGUAAUUCAAGUCGAAGUAGCACAAGCUCUCCGACCCAGCCUGGACUACCACAAACAUUGUGUAGCACAGUCGACAAUCAGCCAAAGAUUCCCUGUCUUCCUGUUGAUCUCAAUGAAAAACAUAAUUUGGAUUCCUGAAACUUGAGAGUUGCAGAGGCUUUUUUGUAGUAACUAUUGAGAUGAUGGGAGAGAAGAAACCAGUUAACUGCCUCCCGGAGACCUGCCUUUUGGCGUACUUUCGGCUGCUUAUUCUACCACGAGGUUUUUCUACUGACUUUUGUAUCUGAGGGAUCUCUUCUAGGAGCGAUACCACUUUUAGGCUCACAUGAUCAAUUUUGUAUUUCUAGGAUCAUUUGGUCAUCAUUAGGAAUUAUUUAUUUCUGAUGUCAAGGCUUCUAGGGUUGAGAUACAGAGCUGGAAGCGGCCUUUCCUCGAGGUUCUAAUUUGUAACUGUAUGCUAUCAUUUGUGAUGACACGACUCGUGUCGAUAGCUUAUCAUUUGAGUCGAAAUAGUUAUUUCUUGACUGAUGUCUUGUAGCUUCAUAGUAUGGUCUUGUGCAUCACCUAACUUGGCUCUUUAAAGUUCUCUUCUCAAGACCAUCAAUCAACCUGAUCACCUUUUUCAAGGGCAUAAUGGUAUUUGAUCUAUAGUUACUCCUCUA